AGAAUUUCUAUAAAAAUGAAAAGACACGAAAAAGAUGGAAAUUUUAUUAUUCCAAAAAUGCCAAAAAUGAAUGAUGAUACUAUAAAAAUAAUAAAUGCGACAACACCUUUCUCUUCGAGUAAUGGAAAGACUGAAUCUCAAAGCAAAGCAACAUCGUCUUCUCAUCGUCAUCAUCGACAUAGUUCAAUUUGGACUGGAUCCUUACAUUUUGGAGAGCAAGUAGUUGAAUCAGUAGACCUUCACCCAUUAAUUCGUGGAUGUUCUAAACCUUUGGGAUUUUCAUCAUGUUUGGAAAUGCAGCAAUUAACAAAAAGUAAAGAUUUUGUUAAUUAUUGGCCGAUACAAGAAUUAAUAAAAGAAAUUACUCGUAAUAACAACGAGAAAUCUCCUCUUCUCAAAAAGCGUUCAAUAAUUAUUUGUUCUUCUUCUGAACAACAAAAAACAACAAUACCUGUCCGCAUCUCUUAUCUUUAUUUAAUUAAUACAUUUUCGCCUCUUUUUGCCAGAAUUUGCAAAGAAAUGGUCGAAAAAGAAUUGGUAGCCUUUGGUCUCCUCAGCAAUUCUUCUCUUCUUUUUCUCUUUCCAAGUGGCCCUCUCUCUACAAAGCUUGACAUCCCUGCUCGCGAUGGUCCUUUAUUGCAUUGUCUUUUUAUUUCCGAAUUUAAAGAACUUAAAAGCAAAUUUGAAUUAUAUAAUUUUGAAAAUAUUCCUCUCCACCCUUCUUCAAUUGACAAAUUCGAUGGAAAUGACCCAAAAAUUAUAUCUGAAUUGAACAAUUACCACAAGGAAAGUAAUGUGCCAAUAAAUGCCAAAUUAUUACAACCAAAACAAUUAGAAUCUAUAUUUACACCCAAUCAACGCCCGCCUGGAGGCAAACCUGUAACUCCUUAUAUUCCAACACCUUCUACUAAAUAUCCACAACAAUCAUCAGUUAAUCGACGUUUUCCUUCUGCUUCUCCAAAUUUUAAUUCUUCGAAUACUAGACCUUCAAAGCAAUACUUUCCUCCAAGUCAACAGCAGCAACAACAACAAUUCCAUCCUUAUACUCAACAACAACAACAUCUACCUACAACAUCUACUAAUUCUUCUAAUUUUCUUUCAAUGCUUCUUAUGCCCCCUCCACCUCCUCCUCCCCCACCCCCACCUGAAUCUGAGGAUAUUUCUCCUACUUUGGAACGUAAACAAAAAAAUAAGGCAAUGAUUGCGAAUGCUUUUGAGCAGAUUCGUAGUAUUGGAAAGGAAAAGACUUCUUUGAGUGAAGGAGGGACAUCUUCAAAAAUUACUCAAACUUCAUUAGAACAACAAAAACAACAAUCAGAUAAUUUAAUUAGAGAUCCGAGAUUGUCAAAACGUUUAACUGAAUCACAACAACCGCCACCUCCUCCUCCUACUUCUUCUUCUAAAGAAAUUUUUGAAAAGAAAAAUGGAGAUAUGAAAAUUGAACAAAUUGUUGAGGAAAAAGUUGAAGAAAAGGCCAAUAUCAAAAAUGAGCCAACCGAAAUUUUGCAUGAAACUUUGCCAAUGGAUAUUAGUUAUGGAGGUGAUGCACUUGCGAUGUCUUUACAAAUGUAUUUCUCAUCGCCUGAGGAGCCUAUGGAAGAGGAUGAACAAAUAAAUACUGAAAAUUCUUCAAAAGAAAAUAAAAUUAUUGUUAAAGAGGGAAAGGAAAUAAAAAAAGAACAAGAAACAAUUGACAACAUUUCUGGAAUUGCGGGUGGAGAAAUGCCUAUGGAUUUAUGUUAA